AUGCUCUCCCAAGAACGACAAAAUGUCAGCGCGAGCGACGGCCAAUCACUAUCGUCCUUAACUGUCUUACCCUCUUUCGACGAUGGCAACCUGAUCUUACACGCGGGCGGCCAUGCUGUGCGCGUACACGCUGGUCUAUCUGCGUCACGUUCGCGUAGCCUGGCACAGCAGCUCUCACAUUCUGCCACGGGCACUGACACUGGGAUCCGGGCUAUUGAAGUCCGUCGCGGCGCCGACCUUCCUUUGUUGCUCCAAUGUCUGUACCAAGCCAACCCUCUCAGCUGGUCUUGGGAUCCUGAGACAGCUCCACCCUCUCUAUCGCACAUCGCCGCGCUCUCGGAUAUCGCAACCUGCUACGAUAUGCCUGAGCUUCGCCAGGCGGUGAUCACACACCUCGACUUAAUCUUCCCUCCGGAUCUUACAGACUAUGCUGGCGCUCUUCGUGCUCACUUGAUACCGAGUGAUUGGGAUCCACUGGUCGUCUGGGACCUCGUCACAAAGCAUAACCUGCCGCAAAUGCGUUAUCCUCAUGUCGGUACAUUGGCUCUACUAGCCGCUGCUACUUCUGUAGGAGAGGAUACAGAGGAUCAAGUUAAGAUGGAAGAGGAUAACAAUGAUGAAGAGUGUUGCCCUUCAUCGGAUGCUAUCCGCGCGAGGGACGCCUUCCGCGCACACAUGCUGAGCUCGCUGCAUGCCGCCUUUGCUACCGGUGCCAUCGGGCUGGAAUGGCCAGCGAUGCCAUGCCCAAACGUAGGCUGUGGCUGGGAGGCCGCGCAUGAUGUCACAGAACGACGCUAUCGUUCGUUGGCUUUCGAUGUGUGCAGCGAUCUGGCGGAGGACAUCGUCGGGAAUGGGGAGCUUCUUGAUGCCUUAUGCCCUAGUUGCCGAGAAGCGCUUCCACGCGCUGGAGAGAGGCUUCGCGAGCAGGUAUGGGCAUGGCUGUGCCGUGAAGACGGGGAGGAGCUCGAGGAUCCGUUCGUACUAGGGUGA